ACAGCGCAGUGCGCGGAGCGCAUUGUGGCGAUGGUGGAGGAGGCGAAGCGCCGCUCCGGGACCGACCGCGCGGUGCCGCUGCGCUCCCUGGGUUUGGCUCUGAGCGGAGGGGCGGAGGAGGGCGCCGUUACUGCUCUGCUGGAGGAGCUGCGCCGGCGCUGCCCGGAGCUCAGCCGCGCUUACAGCGUCUGCAGCGACGCCGCGGGAGCCAUGGCCACGGCCUGCAGCUCCGGUGGCAUAGUGCUGAUCGCCGGCACGGGGUCCAACUGCCAACUGCUCAACCCCGACGGCACGGAGAGCAGCUGUGGGGGUUGGGGCCACAUGCUGGGCGACGAGGGCUCAGCCUAUUGGAUCGCACAGCGGGCGGUGAAGGCGGUGUUCGACAGCAUGGAUAACAUGGAGGUGUCGCCGCACGACAUCGCCUACGUCAGGGAGGCCAUGUGCCGCCACUUCCGGAUCUCCAACCGUAUGGGGCUGCUGCCCCACCUCUACGGCUCCUUCCAGAAGGCCGACUUUGCGGGGUUCUGCCUGAAGGUGGCGGAGGGUGCCCGGGCUGGGGACGCGCUGUGCCGCCACGUCUUCACGCAGGCCGGGCAGGCGCUGGCGCGCCAUGUGCUCGCUGUGCUGCCCCGCGUGGACCAGAGCCUGUUCCGGGGGGAGCUGGGGCUCCCCAUCGUCUGCGUGGGCUCCGUGUGGAAGAGCUGGGAGCUGAUGAGAGAGGGCUUCGUGCAGGCGUUGGUUGGAGGCCGGGGGGGGGAAAUCGGGGGGGUCUUCUCCCACUUCAGCCUCCUGAGGUUGAAGCACUCAUCGGCGCUGGGGGGGGCCAGCCUGGGGGCCCGGCAUGUGGGGCACACGUUGCCAUUGGACUACAGCAACAACGCCGAUGUCUUCUACACACAUCACUUCUAAAGUGGGGGGGGGAAGAGGGGGGGUGUGGGGCACACGGCCCCCCCCCCCCCCCCCCCCCCUGGUGUGGUUUUGGCUGAACUGUGUCUCAUUUGGGUCAUAAAAGGUGCUAUUUUGUGCUGAG